CGAGGCGGCGAGCGAAGCGUCUCGUUUUCUUCAUCCGUAAUUUGCAAAAGCUGUAUUUUAGUAUCUACAGUUGUAUUCAUUAGUGUACUAUAUAGCAAACUAUAACCGCCUUAGCGGUAUCCAUCAUCAUGGACGUGAAGUCUUUUUUGCACUCUUGGUGCGCCAAGAAUAGUCGCAACCCGACUUUCGACGUCCGUGCCACAGGACCGAAGCAUCGUCAGCGUUUUCUUUGCGAAGUCCGUGUCGAUGGCAUUUCUUACGUCGGUGCUGGUAAUUCGACCUCGAAGAAAGAUGCCCAGAUGAACGCAGCUAGGGACUUUGUGAAUUUCUUAGUGAGAAGUAACCAGGUGGCUCCGAAUGAAGUGCCAGAAGAAGUGAGAGUGAAGACCGAAGACAAUGGUGCUGGCGGCAAUAAUGGGAACUUUGGCGGCGGUGCCAGCUACCAAGGGCAGGAGCCUCAAACCAAACCUGUUUUCCAAGAAGGCAUGGGUCCCGAAAGCAUGGGCCAAGCGUACCACGCCUACGGAGGUCCCAGCCAGAACUUCACCUACAUGGACCGUCUCCAACAACAGAAGAACGUGGAAGAAGCUGAGGACCUGGACGUGAAUGCCAGUCUCCAUGGCAACUGGACGAUGGAGAACGCUAAGUCGAAACUUCAUCAGUUCAUGCAGAUGAAUAAGAUUAAUGCGGACUAUGCGUAUAAGGCUGUUGGGCCUGAUCAUACCAGGAGUUUCUGCUGCGAGAUGUCGAUUUACGUCCAUCAACUGGGCCGCAACGUGACGGGCCGAGAGACUGCCUCAAACAAGCAGACUGCCAGCAAAUCCUGUGCCUUGUCUCUAGUACGACAACUGUACCAUCUUGGAGUUAUUGAGGCUUUCAGCGGAACUCUGAAAAAGGACAGAGUCUAACGAGGCAAGAUGAAGCCACACCCUGUGGCUAUUAGUCCUGAGUUGGAACAACAGCUGGAAAGCACUUUACAAGAACUGGGCAUCGAACCCGUGAACGUCGAAACCGCCCCAAAGGCAACGGACAGCGAUGGCCAGGCCAGUGGCGUGGCUAUUCUACAAAUAGACCGCGUGCGAGCCAUGCGCGAGGCGCGCCCCACGCACGCCGGCGUCGUCUCGUGGUCGCCGCCGCAGCCCAACUGGAAUGCGUGGACCGGCUGCAAUAUCGACGAAGGCCCCCUAGCUACGACCUCUCUCGACGAUAUUAGCUCAGACCUCGAGCGAAACCACCGGGACCUCUGUCAGAACAGCCAACUGUACAAGGAGAGCAUGAAAGAGAGGGAUAAUCUACCUGUCUUCGCUAUGAGAUCUACUAUCAUGGAGGCUAUCAAUGAAAACCCAGUUAUAAUCAUCAGGGGAAAUACCGGCUGCGGAAAGACCACACAAGUAUGCCAAUUUAUUUUGGACGACUACAUUGCGAGCGGGCAAGGUGCCUGGGCCAACGUGUGCGUCACACAACCACGAAGAAUCUCUGCUGUCAGCGUGGCUGAGAGAGUCGCUUCUGAGCGGUGUGAAGAGCUUGGAAACAGUGUUGGCUAUUCCGUGCGAUUCGAGUCCAUAUUGCCGAGGCCGUACGGUUCAAUCAUGUUCUGUACCGUUGGUGUACUACUCAGAAAACUCGAAGGAGGAUUGAGAGGAGUCAGCCAUGUUUUAGUUGAUGAGGUGCACGAACGAGACGCAGACACGGAUUUCGCUCUCAUUCUACUGCGCGACAUGGCGCAUACUUACCCGGACCUGCGCAUCAUUCUCAUGUCGGCUACUGUUGACACGACGCUCUUUACCAAGUACUUCGGGAACUGCCCUGUGAUUGAGGUUCCAGGGCGCACUUUCCCAGUCCGUCAGUAUUUCCUCGAAGAUUGCAUAGAAUUGACAAAAUUCGUGCCACCCGUGGACUCGAGGAAGCGGAAGGCCUCAGGAAAGAAGGCUAAUAAGGAUGAUGGGGACGACGAUGAGGAUGAAGGUGUUGGUGUGGACGAACAGGAGGAAGAUUUGAACAAGAUCGCUCAACUGGGCGAGGAUUAUUCGCCACAGACGGCGCAGUCCAUGGCCAAACUGUCAGAAAAGGAUCUAAGCUUCGAGCUAAUCGAAGCCCUGCUCGUCUACAUCAGCUCUCUAAAAGGCGACGGAGCGGUCCUAGUCUUCCUUCCCGGCUGGAACCUGAUCUUCGCUCUCAUGAAGCACCUGAUGCAGCACCGAAUCUUCGGAGACCAGUCGCGCUACGUGAUCCUGCCUCUGCACAGCCAGAUCCCCAGGGAAGACCAGAAGAAGGUGUUCGUUACUCCGCCUCCUGGGAUCAUUAAGGUCAUCCUGUCAACGAACAUCGCCGAAACGUCAAUCACCAUCAAUGACGUAGUGUACGUCAUAGACUCCUGCAAGGCUAAAAUGAAGUUGUUUACGUCACACAACAAUAUGACGUCCUACGCCACUGUGUGGGCGAGCCGAACAAACUUAGAACAGCGUAAAGGUCGAGCUGGCCGUGUACGAGCUGGCGUAUGCUUCACGCUAUGCUGCAAAGCGCGUUAUGAACGUCUAGAGGAACAUUUGGCCGCUGAGAUGUUCCGUACGCCACUGCACGAACUUGCUCUCAGCAUCAAACUCCUCCGGCUCGGCAGCAUCGGGCACUUCCUGUCGAAGGCGCCGGAGCCGCCGCCGCUCGACGCCGUCAUCGAGGCCGAGGCCAUGCUGCGCGAGCUCGGCUGCCUCGACCAGGAGGACGCGCUCACGCCCUGCGGCACCAUACUGGCCAAGCUGCCUAUCGAGCCCCGCUUCGGCAAGAUGAUGGUCCUCGGCUUCGUGCUCGGAGUUGGCGACGCGCUGACCACGAUGGCUGCCAACUCCACCACCUUCCCCGAAGUCUUCGCCGUGGAAGGAAGACGUAGGCUCAUGCCGCACCAGCGCGCUCUGGCUGGCGACCGCGCGUCUGACCAUGUGGCUAUGCUCAACGCUUUCCAAAUGUGGGAACGAGAGCGCGCUAAGGGCGAAGAAGCUGAAAUGGCGUGGUGCGAAUGGAAGGGGCUGCAACAGACCACGCUUCGCGUCACUUCUGAGGCCAAAUACCAGCUCAUAAACAUCCUGACCACCUCAAUCGGGUUCCCGGAAGAGUGCUGCGUGCCCCAGCGUUGGAACCCUACAGUUCCUGACCCGAUGUUGGACAUCGUGAUCGCUCUCAUGGCCAUGGGACUUUACCCUAACGUAUGCCUGUAUCAGGGGAAACGGAAGGUGUUGACCACGGAAGGCAAGCCAGCCCUCAUCCACAAGACAUCAGUCAACUGCAGCAACUUCGAACAGAAGUUCCCGUCCCCCCUCUUCGUGUUCGGCGAGAAAGUCCGCACCCGCGCCAUUAGUUGCAAACAGACCACUAUGGUGGCGCCACUGCAUCUACUGCUGUUCGCUUGCAGGAAGGUUGAGUGGAUCGACGAUAUGGUUCGCCUGGACAACUGGCUGAACUUCGACAUGUCGCCUCGCGUCGCUGCCAUGGUGACUGCUCUCCGGCCCGCCAUCGAGAAGCUGGUAGAACGAGCCGCUGCUGAGCCUGAUGCUGCGUUGCAGUUCUCUCCGGCGGAACAGAAGCUCGUCAACUGCGUAAAGGCCUUAUGCGUGGUCGACGCAGGCGACUUCAACAUCCAACGCGAACAAAGUACCCCUGUCUUCAGACCUGACGGGGCAAAGCGGGGCAACCGCGGCUGGGGCACCAGCGGACCGAGGGCCGGCUUCAACGGGGGCGGCUUCGGAGCCAGGGGCGGUUUUGGCAACCAAGGAGGAUUCGGGGGCAACCAAGGAGGAUUUGGAAAUAGGGGCGGUUUUAGGGGAGAGGCGGGUUCCGUGGCGGUUUUAGAGGCAGGGGCCAGUGGUGAAGUGAUUAGUUCAAUUACCAUUCCUUUCUAUGUGUGACCUUUGUAUUAUUAAGAUUACUUAGUGAAAUAAACGUAUUGACAUGUGAA